CCUCUUACCAUAUAUUAAGUUCAUUUCUUUUUCUUUAACAUUUAAAGUAAAUUUUUGCUUUUUAUUAAAUUUUUAAUAUCGUUUUAAAAUUGAAUUUGUAUCAUUACUAUUUAAAACUUAUUUAAGGUACACGAAGUUAUUUAUAUUACAAAUUUCAGUAUAGAUAGAAAAGUAAAAAAACUUCAUAAAAUGAGUGAUCGGUAUCAUAAAGCUGCUCGAGAUGGUCUAUGUGAAGUACUAAAAGAAGCAACCAAAAAGGAAAUUAAUUCUAAAGAUAAUGACGGAAUGACUCCUGUUUUAUGGGCUGCAUUUGAAGGGAAAAUUGACCCUCUUAGACUAUUGAUUGGAAGAGGAGGUGAUCCAGAUAAAACAGAUCAAUUUGGGAACUCAGCACUGCAUUUGGCUAGUGCGAAGGGCCACUUUUCAUGUGUAGACUUUCUAGUUAAAUUUGGAGCGAAUAUUUACGCUCUUGACAUUGAUAAUCAUAAUCCUCAACAGCUUGCAGCCAUAAAUAAUCGAGAUGAAAUUUUACAUUAUUUAGAUAGUGCUGCUGGUCAUUUGGAAACUAGUGAUCCGAAAAAAGUAAAAAGCCUUAAAGAAAAAGCCAAGAAACAGUCAGAGAAAAGAAUAAAAGAGUUUAUGAAGCGUCAACAAAGAAAAGAAGAAGAAUCUGAAAAAACAAAUGUUCUUAAAGCAAUGAAAUAUAAGUUUUUUAGUGGAAGUUCUGGAAAUUUAAGUCGAAUUAAGGAUUUAAAUUUAAUUAAUGAAGAUAAUAAGUUUAGCGCUCUUGUAGGGAACGGAACAAUAGUGCAACGUGGUGCUGCACAACGCAAAAUACAUGCUUUGAAGCAAGUUCGUCAGACAAACACUUCAGAAAUAAAAGAAACUGGUAAAAAUGUUGAGUCUAAUCGUAAAGGUUCAGAUGUAAUCUACGCCGGUACUUUACAAAACUCUAAUAUUGACAGACGAGGAAGAAUAGCUGAUAUUUUCAACUUUGAAUCGGGAACCAUUGAUGGAGAUCAAAAAAUGGCUCGAUCUAUGUCAAGAUGUUUAAGUCAACCAAAUUUACUUUCAUCAAUUUCUUCUGAUUUAACUGACGAUAUUUCAAAUCAAAAGAUUGCUGGACUUUUUGAAAGACCUGUUAUCGGUACACUUUCCAUACCCCAAUCAAUAACAUCGGCUCUUUCAUCAGUUGAUCAAAUUUCAAAUCCUUCAAGUGAGUCGUCAAGUUCUAAAACAAACACAGCAUCUAAAAAAACAAGGCAAAGACAACUAAUUAUUUCUGAUUCAGAGGAUUCUGAUACAAGCCGAAAUUCGAGUGAUGAAUGUGAAGAACCACAUCAAGCUUUAAAACGAUUUUUAACAGCAUACUCAUUAGAAGAACAUUUAGAACUUUUACUCAAACAUCAAAUCGAUUUGGACACAUUAAUGCUACUAACUGAAGAAGACCUUAAAUAUCUGAAUCUUCCACUUGGGCCUUAUAGGAGACUUGCAGUUGCUAUACAAGAAAGAAAAAAUGCACUUAAUAACCCGGGAGCUAUUUUAGAUAGUCGACUUUGAGCAAUUAUACACUUCACUGAAUAAUUAAUUAAUUUUUUUGGCAAUUUACAAAAGUGUCUUUUAAAUUUUAAAAAAAGUAUAUUUAGUUGAGCAUUUAAAAUACAUAAAAUUAGAAAUAAAAUUUUAUUUGAAAAUCUAAAUUAGUUACACUAUUUCAAAAUAUUUUUAAUUAUUUUUUAAAUCUUUACCAAGCUCUUUGAAUCGAUUGAGUUGCAUCGGUAAGAAUCCAAGUAUUUUUUUGACGUUUCUUCAUUGACAUUUGCUUGUGUCGCGGAUGUGUCUUGCACAUAACAAAUAAUCGCUCUUGCCGCACAACAUAAUAGCAAUCUUUACAUCUUCUUUUACAGUUUCCAACUUGCUUCAUACCUCUCUGAGCUGUAAUGGUCAUCAUUGGUGGUUGUAAUAAUGUUGUUUUGCACAAAUUAAAUGAACCAACAGAUUGUUCAUAAUGUUUCAUAGACCAAAUAGAAAAUUGUUUGCCUGUAUUGCAUAAUUUACUGUUUAGAACACUUAAUGCAAGAAUUCUAGAGCUCCUAAACAGUUGAUUCCACAUAUUAAAUGCAAAAAUUUGAUGAUUUAAUUUUGCUUAAAGAAUGUUUUUACAAAAAAAAAUAAUUCGUAGGUUACAAACUUAGACAAACUUCUACAUAUUAGGGGAACGACAA